AUUAGCUGUCAACUGUCACAACCGCAUGUUGCCAAUUGGCAUUUGGCAUGUUGUUGCUUAGUAUUUGAUACACUCUUCUUAUUUUUUGUUAUUUAUUCGCAAUAAAGAAUGGCAAAAGCUAGUGAGUCGGCUAUAAAGAGCAUUGGGAAGGUCCUCAAUGAUCCUUCGAGGCCAAUGAAGGAGCGUUUCCGUGCGUUAUUUACUCUAAGAAACUUGGGUGGUGAAACCGCUAUUGAGUGCAUUAGUCAGUGUUUUGUGGAUGAAUCUGUGCUGCUAAAGCAUGAAUUAGCUUACUGUUUAGGUCAAAUGCAGGAUCAACGCGCAAUACCUGUACUUAGAAGUGUUUUAGAGGACAAAAACCAGGAUCCCAUAGUUCGCCAUGAAGCAGGUGAAGCUCUAGGCGCCAUAGGAGACCCAAACCUCAGAGAGUUACUAGAGAAGUACCAACAUGAUCCUGCAAUUGAAGUGGCAGAGACGUGUCAGAUAGCAUUGCAGCGGCUAAACUGGGUGGCUAAUGACAGCACCAAAGAGGUUAACUUGUCAAAGAGUUUGUUCACAUCCAUAGAUCCUGCUCCACCGAGCAGUGAGAGUGAUGUAGAGAAUCUGAAGAACACUUUAAUGGAUGAAUCUAAGCCUCUGUUUGAGAGAUAUAGAGCUAUGUUCAGUUUAAGGAAUUUGAGCACCACUGAGAGUAUUAAUGCUUUGGGUGAAGGUUUCAAAGCAUCCAGCGCCCUCUUCAGGCAUGAGGUAGCAUUUGUGUUUGGUCAGAUGCAAGAUGAGAGGAGUGUUCCCUUCUUGAAGAAGACCCUUGAGGAUACCAGUGAGCAUGAGAUGGUGAGACACGAGGCUGCUGAGGCACUGGGCUCUAUUGCUACUGAAGAAUGUACUGAGGUGCUACAAAGGUAUCUAAAUGACCCUCGUCCAGUUGUCCGCGAGAGUUGUGAGGUGGCGCUGGAUAUGUCGGAGUACGAAAACAGUCCCGAAUUCCAAUAUGCAAACACGUUGCUUACUGUCGAGGGCUGAUACUGAUUUUGUUAUAAUAUUUAUUAUAUUUUUGCUAAGUAAUAGUUCUGUGAAUUAUACAAGGAAAUAUGUUUUAUUUAUUAUG